UUCCUUCCUGUUAUAUUGCCAAACGAAACUCGAGUGAUUUUGUAAUUCACAUUAAAAGAUAUUGUUUCCAUUUUUUUUUGCACAAAAGUUUUUUUUUCUUGAAAAAUUGUAACGUCGAGGAAUAGUUAUUUCCAAACUAGUUUCAUCUUCCAAAGUUCCUCAGGUGAAUGAUGCUUGAUACCAAUAACGGACCCCGCCCUCUAUUGAAGAAAACUCCUCAGGACUUGGCUCAUGUGGUGAAAGUAGGUGAGCUUCGCCCGGCGCCGCGACCAUCGCCGCCACCUUUGACAUCGGCCCGAUCCCGUCGUCAUGUGGCCGAAUGCUGGCACGUCAUCUUUGCUCCCGAUGAAACACGUUUCGCUUGGCUUUGCGGAACCAGCCGAGUCCUCAUCGUCCCGUGGAACCGAUUCAAAAAUUGCCUGCUAUCUUUGGACAACACGGACGAUGAAGGCAACGAAAUCAAAGGGCAGGUGGUUUGCAUCGAUGCCGGCUCGCCCGUCAAUUCGGCCGGAUUUGGUAGCGGAACACCCGAGAGUCAACUGGCCGACCCGCCGCAGCGCCAGUACUGGACCCGGUUCGAUUUCAGCAAUAAAGAGCUCGUCUUUGCCACGGGUCACGUCAACGGUCGCAUCCGCAUCUGGGAUGUUUACACUGGAUGCAAGUUGCUGGAGCUGAUGGAUCACACGCAAGCCGUUCGUGAUUUGGCCUUUGCACCGGACGGUUCGCUCCGUCUCGUCUCCGCCUCCCUUGAUCGAACCAUUAAAGUAUGGGACCUGAGGGACGAUGGCAACAUGUUCAAAACCUUAAAGGGACAUUCGAACGAAAUCUUUUGGUGCUGUUGGUCGCCAAACGCCCGACUGUUGGCCUCGGCCGGCGUCGGCAAAUCCAUUCUCGUCUGGGACAUGGUCACCUAUUCGUUGGCCCGGACGCUGACUGGCCAUCAUCACAACGUCAGCGCCUGCGAAUUCUCGCCCGAUGGGGCCAUUUUGGCUUCCUCUUCCUGGGACACUCGAGUCAUCCUCUGGGACCCCUAUACAGGGGUUGAGCUGAGGGAGCUGUGUCACCAGUACCCACCGCCAAGGCCAAUUUUUGCCUCCGGAGCCAAUGGAUCAUGGGUCAGAGGCGUGGCUUACGCUCGUAAUGGAGGCCAAACGGCCACUAUCUCGGAUGACGGACUCAUCCGUUUCUGGAAUCUCUUGGAACCGGAGGUGGAUCCAUCAGCCAUUGCUCAGGGCGAUGAAGAGAUGGUCUGCUGCACUUUCUCGCCUUCGGGUCGCGUUUUUGCCGUCGGGACAAAAGAGUCUCGCGUGUCUUUCUACCUGGCACCAAAGGUGGUCUUUUCUUUAAAGCAUUUGGCUCGAAUGGCUGUCCGGCGCCAAGUGCUGGCCACCCCAAAUAUCGACCAAUUACUUCUUCCAGCUCCACUAAAAACUUACCUGAAAUACCAGGAUUGGGUUUAAA